AUUCUUCUUCUUCUUCUUCUCCUAUUCUUCUUUUUUUUUCACUAAAACAAAAGCAAAAUGACUCAAUCAGUUCCAGAAACAUUUAAAGGAUUCGGUGUUGACAAAAAGGAAAAUUGGAAUAAACCAAAGUUAGUUGAAUACAAGCACAAACAAAUCAACCCACAUGACAUUGUUUUAGAAAACGAAGCUUGCGGGUUAUGUUACUCUGACAUCCACACUUUGCAAUCCAACUGGGGUCCAUACAACAGAAACGAUCUUGUUGUUGGUCAUGAAAUCGUUGGUAAGGUCAUUGCUGUUGGUUCUGCAGUUACUCAAUUCAAAGUCGGUCAACGUGUUGGUAUUGGAGCUGGUAACUCUGCUUGUCGUGAAUGUGGUAGAUGUAACCAUGACAAUGAACAAUAUUGUAAGAAGAUGGCUGGUACUUACAACAAUGUUGAUCCAAGAUCAAACGGGUAUGUUACCCAAGGUGGUUACAGUUCUCACUCUAUUGCUGAUGAACAAUUUGCCUUUGCUAUUCCCGAAUCUCUCCCAUCUACUGCCGCUGCUCCUUUAAUGUGUGCCGGUAUCACUGUUUUCUCUCCAUUGAUCCGUAACUUGGGUAAGGAUGCCAAGGGUAAGACUGUUGGUAUCAUUGGUAUUGGUGGUUUAGGGCACUUGGCUGUUCAAUUCGCUAAUGCCUUAGGUGCCAAGGUUGUUGCUUUUUCCAGAUCUUCCGCCAAAAAGGAACAAGCUUUGAAAUUAGGUGCUCAUGAAUUCGUUGCUACUGGUGAAGAAAAGGAUUGGACUUCUAAGUAUGAUGACGAAUUCGACUUUAUCUUGAACUGUGCUUCUGGUAUUGAUGGAUUGAACUUGUCUGAUUACUUGAGUGUUUUAAAGGUUGAUUCCAAGUUCAUUUCCGUUGGUUUACCACCAGCUAAGGAACAAUUUGGUGUUUCUCCAUUUACCUUCUUGAAGAAUGGUGUUGCCUUUGGUUCUUCCUUGUUAGGAUCCAAGACUGAAGUCACUGAAAUGUUGAGAUUAGCUGCUGAAAACGACAUCAAGCCAUGGAUUGAAGAAGUUCCAAUCAGUGAAGAAAACUGUAGCAAGGCAUUGGAAAGAUGCGUUGCUGGUGAUGUCAGAUAUAGAUUUGUCUUUACUGAAUUCGACAAGGCUUUCAACUAGGUUUAUACUACUACAAUAUAGAUUACUUUUCUUGCGUAUUUAUAUUAGGUCGUAACUACAAGGGUAUUUCUAAAUGCAUGUGUGUAAACAAUGGAGA